AUGGCUAUCCCAAUAACAGUUCUGGACUGUGACCUCCUGCUUUAUGGUCGAGGUCACCGAACAUUGGAUCGCUUUAAGUUGGAUGAUGUGACUGAUGAAUACCUUAUGGCCAUGUAUGGGUUUCCACGACAGUUCAUUUACUACUUGGUGGAUCUUCUGGGAGCGAGUCUUUCUCGACCCACUCAACGGUCCAGGGCCAUCAGCCCAGAGACCCAGAUCCUUGCAGCUCUGGGCUUUUACACUUCUGGCUCUUUCCAGACCCGGAUGGGAGACACCAUUGGAAUCAGCCAAGCCUCAAUGAGCCGCUGUGUUGCCAAUGUCACUGAAGCCUUGGUGGAAAGGGCCUCCCAAUUCAUCCACUUCCCGACAGAUGAAACAUCCAUUCAGAAUAUGAAAGAUGAAUUCUAUGGACUAGCGGGAAUGCCAGGGGUGAUUGGAGUAGUUGACUGUAUCCAUGUAGGGAUCAAGGCUCCCAAUGCUGAAGAUCUCUCCUAUGUGAACAGGAAGGGUCUACACUCUUUAAACUGCCUGAUGGUGUGUGACAUUCGGGGGUCCCUGCUCAACGUGGAGACAAACUGGCCAGGCAGCCUGCAGGACUGGGCUGUGGUGCAGCAGUCAGCCUUGAGGAGUCAGUUUGAAGCAGGGAUGUACAAAGACUGCUGGCUCCUGGGUGAUAGCUCCUUCUUUCUUCGCACCUGGCUCAUGACCCCACUUCAUAUUCCGGGAACCCCUGCAGAAUAUCGCUAUAAUAUGGCUCAUUCAGCAACUCACAAUGUAAUCGAGAAGACAUUCAGGACCAUCCAGUCGAGAUUCCGUUGCCUGGAUGGAUCCAAGGGAGCCCUGCAGUACUCUCCAGAAAAGUCCAGUCACAUCAUCUUAGCUUGCUGUGUGCUCCACAACAUUUCCCUGGAACACGGAAUGGAUGUGUGGUCUUCUCCAGGAACAGGACAUAUGGAGCAGCCAGAAGAAGAACGCGAACACAUGGAGGCCUUGGACUCGGAAGCUGACCGUGUUCGCCAGGAGCUGGUGCUCACUCACUUUAGCUAAUCAGAAGUGGAGGAGGGGGCUGUCCAGCAGGAGCUGUAAAAAGCUUGUCCAAGUCACCUGGCUGCUUCCACUAGUGUGAGGACUCUUCUUGUUAAAAGUCUGUGUGUUAGGGGAUGCUGGGCCUUUGCCAGGAUAUCAGUUUAUCUGCAAAUUUAGUAACUAAAUCAAGAUCACAGUUCUAGCCAUUCUGGUGAAAUCCAUUCAUUUUAAAACUAAAUGGUUGGCAAAAGCUAACAUGUUUAUAUACAGAGUAAAAGGGGAAGCUAUAACAGUUCAAUUCAAACCAAAAUGCUACU